UCGUUCGGUGUGUAAUUAUUUAUAAAUAAAUAUUUUUCAACAUUUCUGUGAACUAAAACAACCGAUUCCGGGCAUCUGAGAAGGAAACAUGACUGAAACUAAAGAGAAUCCGGUCAUUGAGCCGAGCCGCACUAAAAUAAAACAUGACUGGUAUCAGACUGACGCCCAAGUUGUCAUCACAGUUCUACUGAAGAAUGCACCUAAGGAUAAAGUUAAAGUUAACUAUGGAGAGAGAAGUCUGUCCAUAUCUAGUGCUAUACCCGAUUCAGACUCCGAAUACAGUCUGGAACUAGACCUAGCCCAUGAAAUAGUCCCUAGCAUGUGCAAUCUAGUUGUCACCCCAUCCAAAAUUGAGGUUAAGCUACGGAAGAAAGAAGGACUGAGGUGGACACAGCUGGACGGAGAUAGGAAAGAAGAUAAUAUUAAGGCUAUACCGCAGGCGGUCAUAGAUGCGUCUGGGCCUCAACAACCGCCGAAGUUAUUCAAAAAAGACUGGGAUAAAAUUGAAAAGGAAAUGAAGAAAAUGGAAGAAGAAGAGAAGCCAGAAGGUGACGCGGCAUUGAAUGCUCUCUUCCAGAAGAUAUACGGAGAAGGGUCAGACGAAGUUAGGCGAGCUAUGAACAAAAGUUUUGUUGAAUCCGGAGGUACCGUCUUGAGCACAAACUGGCAACAAGUAGGCCAAGAUAAAGUCGAGAUGAAACCACCAGAUGGCGUUGAAUUCAAGAAGUGGGAUUGAACUUAAUAAUUAAAAGCAUAAUGAAAUAAUAAUAAUGUAUUGUUAAUGAGAUAUAAUUAAUAAUUGUCUUGUUAAUGAGAAUUACGUAUGGUACAGCGCAAAGAAAAUUGGUCACUGUCAAACUAUUAUCGACUUUAAGGUUAUUGAAAUACGAUAUAAUAUAAUAAAUAUUAUAAAGCUGAA